AUGUCAUCAAAAUCUACAAGAUCAGCAGCUAAGAAAGAAGAAAAGCAAAUUGAAAAAGUUCCAAAGAAAUAAAAUAGCGAUGAAGAAGAGCAAGAAGAAGAAAAAAAAGAUAACAAGUAAAGCAUAGAAUAUACUUGGUCAACUCAUAAAACAAUAGGAGUUGGAAUUCCUAAAGGGCAUAUUGCUGAAAGCGAUAAAAUAGCAAGCUUUGAUAUGGAUUAUACAAUUAUAAGAACUAAAAGCGGUAAAAAAUUCCCUUAAAAUGAGCACGAUUGGUUAUUAUGGGAUGUAAAAGUGAAAUCAAAAAUGUAGCAGCUUUAUAAAGAUGGUUUUACUAUAGUUAUUUUUUCUAAUUAAGGUGGUAUUGGCAAAGGCCAUACAACUCACAAGGAAAUUAAUACAAAGAUUACAAAUAUUGCUAAUGAAUUAGAAUUACCUAUUUUUUCCUUGUAUGCAACAUAAGAAGAUGAAAAUAAGAAGCCAAACAAAGGGAUGUGGGAAUACUUUUUAUAAAAGAUAAAGACAAAGCCCACCUUUGAUGAAAAAAAUUCUUUCUAUUGUGGAGAUGCUGCAGGCAGAAAAGCUCCUGUUAAAGAUUUUAGCGACUCUGACUUAAAAUUCGCUUUGAAUAUUGGGUUGACUUUCUACACUCCAGAUCAAUUAUUCUUAGAUAAAAAGGAAAAUAUUUCUACUACAGAUUUUUUUAAUCCUAAAAAUCUACCAACCUAAGGUGAUCUUUUCAAACAAAAAGGGGUAAAAACUUCUUCUGAUAAAUAAGAAAUGAUUAUUAUGGUUGGAUCAGCAGGUUCAGGAAAGUCAACAUUUGUUGAGAAUUAUCUUAAAGAUUAUGUGAGAAUUAACAGAGAUACUUUGAAAACUAUGCCCAAGUGCUUAGAAGCAGCUGAAAAGGCUAUUUAACAAAAAAAAAAUGUAGUUAUUGAUAAUACUAAUCCUACCGUUGAAAGCCGUAAAGAUUUCAUAGCUUUAGCUAAAAAACACAAAAUCUAGGUUAGAGCAUUUGAUUUAUAAAUUACAAAGGACUUAGCAUUCCACUUAGAUAACUAAAGAGAAAACAACAAAAACAGGACUCACUUUUCAAAAAGAGUUGGUAAAAUCCCCAUCCAUAAAUUCUUCAAAGAUUACCAAGCUCCUACCGAACAAGAAGGUUUUGAUCAAAUUGGCACAGUCAAUUUUAUAGCAGGUCCUUUUAACAACAAAGCAGACGAAGAAAGUUUCUUUAGCUUUACAAAAUGA